GACAUGGCUCGUUUAAUAAUCCGCUCAGCAAGUUCGCCCACGGCCUGCUUGGACGAGGAGCAAGUUCAUAGAGAAGUGGUAGACUAGGACGUACAGGUAGUGUCCGGGUCCAGUCCAAAUGUCCAGCUUUGAUCUCGCACUUUAAUCUGGAGAUCGUCGUCUUCGAACAGGGGAGAUGGCGGAGGCUCGGAUCAGUGCUUCGCAGGGGGCCAUGCGUUCCCUUCCCGGGAAGCUGGAGUCGUUGCUAUCGGAGCUCCGGGACAACGAGAAGAGCAAGAUCCGCGCCCUCCAGGGCGACCUCCAAGAACUAAUAAACAAUUACCUAAUGGAGCCAUCGGAGGUUGAAUCCCAUGCCCAGACGGCGAGCUUCUGGAUGAAGGACGUCCGCGACCUGUCUUUCGAGAUCGACGACUUCGCCGACGAGCUCGCCCACGCCGUCCAGAAGCUCUCCCGGCCCCGCUUCCGGUUCCGGGAGAAGCUGAAGCGGCGCCGGUGGAUCGCCGAAGAGAUCUCGGGGUUCAGGGUUCGCGUGAAGGAGGCGAUCCAGCGGCACAAGGACUACAACCUCGGAGACUGCAAGUGGCGUCCCAGCAGGCGGAGCGCCGCCGGCCUGGAUGAUGAUCGCGGACGACUUCCAUCGCCAGGUGUUCGCCUUCUCGUUGGUAUGGGCGACUCCACUGACCAGAUUUGCGGGUGGCUGGCUAACAGUGGACAGGCAGACCGCAUGGUGGCCUCCAUUGUUGGCACUGGCGGGGUCGGCAAGACCACCCUCGCCAGAGAAGUGUACCGUAAGCUCGCCGGGCAGUUCCGUUGCCGGGCUUUCGUGCAGACUUCGCGGAGACCUGACACCAAGAGGCUCCUCACCAGCAUACUCGAGCAAGUUGGACGGCGCCGGCUCCUCGACGCCUGCGACGUGCGGAAACUGGCCUCCCAGAUCAACGCGCACCUAAGGGACAAGACGUACUUAAUUGUGAUUGAUGAUCUGUGGACAUUAUCAACCUGGGAUAUUGUUAGUCAUGCUCUGCCAAAGGGAAACUGUUGCAAUAGAAUAUUAACGACGACCGAAGUCGUCGUUGUGGCUCAGACAUGCUGUGCAGAUAACUCCAGGCAUAUCUUCAAGAAGGAACCACUUAGUGAGGAUGAGUCAAGAGAACUAUUUUCAGGUACAGUUUUUGCCCAUCAAUCGGAAUAUCCUCUGCACCUCAAGGAAGUUUCAAAUGAAAUUAUAAAAAGAAGUGGCCACUUGCCGCUAGUGAUCAAUACUUUGGCCAGUAUUUUAGCACGUCAGCCAGCCAGCAUAGGGAUAUGGAAUUACAUAAAGAAUUCACUGAGUUCUGAUUUGAUCACAAACGGUAACUUGGAAGGGAUAAAACAAAUUCUCAACCUUGGCUACGACAAUCUUCCUCAUAGUAUGAAAGCAUGCAUGCUAUAUUUGACUAUGUAUGAUGAGGAGUGUGUAAUCUGGAAGGAUGAUUUGGUUAAGCAGUGGAUAGCCGAAGGUUUCGUCUGCACAAUGGAAGGAGACGACGAGGAGGAAGCUGCACGGAGCUAUUUUGAUGUACUUAUUAACAUGGGAAUGAUCCAACCUGUGGAUAUCAACUGCAAUGAUGAAAUUCUGUCAUGUAGAGUGCACCGCAUGGUACUUCACUUUAUUAGAUACAAGUCCGUAGAAGAAAAUUUUAGUGUUGCAAUCGAUCAUUCUGAGACCACUAUAAGGCUUGCUGACAAAGUUCGUUGGCUGGCCCUGCACUUUGGCAGUGUCGAAGAUGCCACACUGCCGGCACCGGCAAGUAUGAGACUGUCACAAGUUCGAACACUUGCAUUUUGUGGAUUGGUCAAGUGCAUGCCUUCCAUCUUGGAGUUUCGGUUUCUUCAGUCACUAAUCCUUAAAUUAUGGGCUGAUCCUGAUAAGAGUAGUGAGAACCUUACUGGAUCUGAUGAUCCAAGUGACAACCUCACUGCACCUGUGAGUUGCAACCUCACUGAAAUCUCGGAACUAUUCCGACUGAGAUAUUUGCAUGUUGAUGCACGUCAUAUGAGUGUGGAGCUUCCAUCUCAGAUACAAUGGCUAAAAAGUUUGAUGGUACUGGAAAUUGAUGCAGAAGUUACUGCAGUUCCAUCAGAUAUUGUCGAUCUUCGAGGCUUGUUAUACUUGAACCUUCCUAGUGUGGCUCACCUGUCCACUGGUAUUGGCCGCAUGACAUGUCUCCGCACUCUGGGAGUUUUUGAUCUCAGCAAGAACUCAACAGAAAAUGUGACAAGCCUUGGUGAGCUGACCAAUCUCCAGGAUCUUCGUCUCACAUGUUCCACAUCACGGUCAGAUAACCUGGAAAGGAACUUGGAAUGCCUGGGGUCGAUAAUUCGGAAACUAAGCAAUCUCAAACGUGUAACUCUGGUACCUGUAGUCUCCUCUUAUGUAAAUGCGCAGGAUGAUGCUCGUGAUUCAGGCAUGAGUAUUUCCUGGCAUGGCAUCAGCGUCGUGCCCCUUCCUCUGGUCCUUCUUCAGAGACUAGAGUUGUCGCGGUGCUGCUGCGUCUUCUCCAGCCUACCUGAGUGGACGAAAGAACUUACGCAGCUUGGCAUUUUAAAGAUCUCAGUCCGGAAGCUGUCGAACGAAGAUGUUGUUAUUCUCAAAGGAUUGCAUGCACUCACCGCUCUCUCCUUGUACAUCUGGACCGCCCCUGCACGAAGGAUUGUCUUUGAUUGUGAAGGAUUCCUGGUUCUCAAGUACUUCAAGUUCGUGUGUACUACACCAUGUGUGGUGUUUUUGAGUGGAGCAAUGGCCAAUGUCCGAAAGCUCAAGCUAGGUUUUAAUGCUGACAGAGUGGACCAAUACAGCUUGGUAGCUGCUGGGUUAGAGGGCCUGACAAACCUCAACGAGAUCUCCACAAAAAUUGGAGGCGCUGGUGUUGAUGAAUCCGGCAGAAGGUUUGCAGAGUCGGCGUUGACUGAUGCUCUUAGCAAGCAUCGAAGCAUUUCCAUCAUUGUGAAUGUACAAUGGGUGGAUUGGAAUUUUUGUGGGGAUAAAGAGGCACAAAAGGAGAAGUACAAAGAGGCACAAAGUGCAGGAAAUGCUCUCUUUCUUUAUCUGCAGAAUGAAGAUGGAUUUCGUGAGAAGUGCGAGACUGAUAGCGGUGGAUCUGGAGACAUUCACGAGAACCUCAGGGAGAACAUGUCACAUCACAUAUUAUCGCCACUGGAUAUUGUGUCCCGGCUGUUAGAAGAAAUCAGGCAUAGUGUUUCUGAGGGAAGUAAAAUUGGUGGUGGGAAUGGGCAAGCUUUCAAGAAUACUGUGCAGUUAGUUGGGUACUACUAUGCGACACGUCAUCUAUAUGUCCGGGAUAACGGAGAUUUUGUUUCAUGUAAAAUCUCCAGUGAAGGAGUAUACUACCUUGAAUUUUUGUAUUGUCGAAGCCUUGACAAGCAUCUAAAUGAAGAAUAUUGCCAUCACGAUUGGCGCACACGCUACAGCAUAAUCACAAGGAUAUGUGAGGGAUACAUGGCAUGGCGCCCAGUCUGCAAUAAGGAUGAUGUAUUGUACCUAGGCGUAAUAAUUAUAUUGAUAAUGGCAGGACCUCUUGGCUACUAUAGUUGUGCAGACGUGCUUUCUCAAGACUUAAUCAAACUUAUACACAAGAGUUGGAUGAAAAGGAUAGAGUUCACACCAAUGUAUGCAUCGCCACAAGAAGAUUGUCGACAAGUGAAGAGAUGCAUUGAAUUAGUAUUGAGAUGCAUGGACGCUGACAAAAAUAAAAGACCCACUGUAAAGGAUAUAGUCCGUGAGUUGAAACAGACAGAAACAGCGUCGCCCUGGGUCCAGGCUAAGUUCGCCAAGAUUGGGCAGUGGGGAGGAAUUGGAGGGGGCCCACGUGACAUUGAGAUGGCACCCCACCGUCUGAAAAGCUUGACAAUCGGUAGUGGCAAGGUUAUAUAUUCGCUUGAAUUUUCGUACGAUGACCAUCAUGAGAAGAACCACAUAACAGGCCCAUGGGGCGGUCAUGGACCUGAAGGUCACGGGAACAAAUUUCGUAUUGUCCUCCAGCCUACCGAGUUUCUAACCGUAGUUUCCGGAACAAUCGGUCCAUAUGACUCCGCACCGGCCGGUGUUAUAAAGUCACUUACUUUUAUCACUACCGCUGGUCGGUAUGGACCUUUUGGAGAAGAAAAGGGAACUCCUUUCCAGAUCCCAGUGCAGAGCAAUGGGAGCAUCGUAGGCUUCUUUGCACGUGCAGGGUGGUACUUAGAUGCAUUCGGCAUCUAUGUGAAACCUAUGCAGGAAACCGAGGAAACCGAGGUAUAUGCCAACUGCUAUCUAUCUCUUUUUCAGGAGGCUGGCCUUGCCAAGAUCGGACCAUGGGGCGGAAAUGGAGGACAAGUGCGCGACCUCAAGAUGCCACCACAACGUCUAGAAAGCGUGACAAUUUGCAGUGGCACGGUGCUUAAUUCUCUUACAUUCAUUUACCAUGGCCAUGAUGGAAAGAAGCACACCGCUGGUCCGUGGGGCGCAUCUACUGGGAAUCCUGAUCAAACUGAUACAAUUCUGCUUUGCAGUUCGGAGUUCCUGACAGGGGUCCGUGGAACAACCGGACCAUUUGACCCUGCAUCGUCUGACGUUAUCGUCACGUCGCUUACUCUAAUCACGAACACCCAUAGCUAUGGUCCUUUCGGGCAAGGCAGAGGAACCUCUUUCCAGAUUCCAUUGUGGGGCAAGGGCAGCAUCGUAGGCUUUUUCGGGUGUUCGGAGUCAUACAUUAAUGCGAUCGGUGUCUAUGUGAAUCCUUAUCUGGAAGCAAUGCAGAAGGAGUUGGUUAGCUCUCGUGAGCCUCGACUUACAAAGAUCGGGCCGUGGGGUGGGAAUGGAGACAAAGGGAAUGUUCGGUACAUCAACGCUAAGAUGGAACCCCAGCAUCUGGAGAGCGUAACAGUUAGCUUUGGCUCCGUCAUCAAUUCACUCUCAUUUUCAUACAUCGACUUUAAGGGGGUUAAGCACAAUGUAGGUCCUUGGGGCACUCCCUCCGGGAAUUCAUACAAGAUUGUGCUGGAAUCGUCGGAGGUACUGCAGGGGGUUUCCGGCACGGUGGGUUCGUCUGAUGGUACAUCUUCCAACCUUGUAACAUCGCUCACGUUUGCGACGGACCAAGCCCGUGCCUAUGGACCUUUUGGAGCAGGAGGAGGUACUCCGUUCAGCGCUGCGGCGGCGGCGGGGAAUGACGGCCCUGUCGUUGCCUUCUUCGGGCGUGCAGGGUUAUGUCUUGAAGCACUUGGGGUCUACGUCCACAGAUACUGAUGGCAUAUGUGACGUUCUUUUGCGCAUGGCUUUGGAAUUUCCGAUUUCUUUGUGACAUCCAUGUCGCUUGGUUUUCUAUACAGAUUGAAAAACGUAGUACGUCUCUUUUCCUGUACUGUGGUCUGCGUGCAUGUUUUCCGAUUUUAUUUCAACUUUUCUUUUCUAUGCUUCGACCUCUUUUGAAAAGAAAUGAUGACAGGAAUCUGUUUUCAGUGGAGAUCCUUUAGAUCGGAUCGAGUGAUAAUUAGACCACCAAUUUUUAUUUUCAA